UCUCUCUUUAGCCUUCACAAGACCUCUCGUGCAACCUGGCGUCUCAGAUGCAUGAAUAUUGUUAGAUAUUGAGACCCUUUAUAAAGGGUAGAUAGAAGGACUUUCUCAGAUUAUAGAGAAGAGCCUAAAUUUGUGGUUGUUUCCAAGUUCUAUGUUGAGGGCAUUGUUCUAAUAGGCUAAGAUAUCAACACUUCCUUCAACAAGAAAGAAAAGCUCUCUAAAACUCUGAUAGAGAGAAAUUAAGAGAGAUGGCAUUAGAAGCUGUGGUGUUUCAGCAAGACCCUUUUAGUUUUGGCAGCAAAGACUUCUAUAGCUCAGGCGGAAGUGGGAGUGGACCCUGCAGCUAUAACUUUGGUUUUCAACAAGAAGAAGAAAAAGCUUACGGUACUGAAGAAACUCUAGCUAAAAGUAGAGGCGUUGAUUUCAGUGCAACUUGGGGCUCCUCACCUUCUUUGAUGGUGCAGCACCAACCCUUAAAGGAAUGGGACUCCAACUCUUCUUCCCCGGAUAAUGGCUUUCUCAGCUGCGGAUUCUCUCCUGCGGAACCCCCAGCGGGCGCCAUGUCAUGCCGGCGGAAGAGACGGCGGACCAAAAGUGUCAAGAACAAAGAAGACAUAGAGAACCAGAGGAUGACUCAUAUCGCUGUUGAAAGAAACAGGAGGAGGCAAAUGAAUGAUUAUCUGGCUGUGCUCAAGUCUAUGAUGCCUGCGUCUUACGUUCAAAGGGGAGACCAAGCAUCAAUCAUAGGGGGAGCAAUUAAUUUUGUAAAAGAGUUAGAGCAACUCCUCCAAUCUUUAGAAGCACGGAAACGAAUGGGAAAAAGAUCAGAUAACUCCACCCUUUCUUCACUCUUCUCCGAUUUCUUUUCCUUUCCUCAGUACUCAACUGGCUCCACCAGUACCCACCGUAGCUGCGCGGCGGCGACCUCUGGCCAGUCAAUGGCUGAGAAGCGGUCAUCAUCUGUUGCGGAUGUUGAAGUAACAAUGGUGGAGAGCCAUGCAAACCUCAAAAUACUAUCAAAAAGACACCCAAAACAGCUAUUGAAAAUGGUUGCGGGGCUUCACUCUCUAGGCCUUUACGUGCUACACCUUAAUGUCACAUCUGUUGAACAUAUGGUCCUUUAUUCUUUGAGUGUUAAGGUUGAAGAUAAUUGUCAGCUAACUACGGUGAACGAAAUUGCAGCUGCUGUGUAUGAAAUGGUGGAUAGGUUUCAAGAAGAGGCAGCUGCUUAAUUCAUGUUUUAUGAGAACAUAAGUUAUAUUUUUUACCAUUAAUUUUCAUGUUUUUGCGGUGCUUAAUUAGUUAAUUCUACUUAUUGUUUUUAGAUAACUUGGUGGAACUUAGGUCUAGUUUCCAUUUUCUUUACUCUUUUUUUUGGGUUUAAGUCUAGCAAUUGUGUUACACAACAAGGUGAUGAUCCUCUAGAUUUUCUUAACAUCUAAUUUCCUAAUGCUGGGAAAUGGCUUUAAUUGUGUAAAUAUUGUGUUAAAGUGAAAAU